AUGGUGGAGGAAAUCAAACAGUCUUCAGCAGAAGAGAAUGGUGAGCUGGAAGAGAAAGCAAAAGAGAAGGUCAUUCUUAUUCUGGAUAUUCAUUCUAGAGAGGAAAACAAAACUAACCAAGCACAAGAUCCUACCUAUGUGGAUAAUAACCCUGAAGAACCCCAAGCACUGCAAGGCCAGCACAGGAAAGAGGAUCGAUUCAUUGCAGUGGGUACAAGACAUUCUCUCUUCAACUUCACUGUAGUUCAUGUCAUUGAUGACGUGCAGGUGUGUUCCUAUCAUAAAGAGGACGAGCAACUUGUGUUCAAUGAAGCCUGGGUCACCGAGGCACUUGGGAAAGACUACAUUGAGUAUAAGAAGAAAGCUCUUCUAAGAGCUCAGAUGGAUUUCAGUUGGUUCUUCAGGCUCCUGAUACAGAAUGACACCCAGAAUGAGAUAGCUCCUGAGGUGACAGUAACCCGUCAUGAUGCUCCAGAUGGUAGAGUCACCUUCAACUGCAUAGCCACAGGCUUCUAUCCUCGCUCUAUCCAGCUGCUUUGGAAGAAGGAUGAACAGCUGGGUGUGUGGGGGCAAGAGAGCUCCAGUGGCACCUUGCCCAAUGCUGAUUCCACCUUUUACCUCCAAAUCACAUUGGAACUUCCUCCUGGAGAUUCAGGGACAGGUUACAGCUGUGUGGUAGAGCACACUAAGCUGCAGAAACCAGCUGUGUAUCCUGUCCCUGAGAAGCCAUCUGUGAAGAGGCCAUGGGGAAUGGCCCUGGGUCUCCUAACGAUCAUCAUGCUGGUGCUGGGCUGUGUUGGGGCCUUCAUCAUAUGGAAGAAGAAGAAAACAGGUACAUUUGUGCUGGGAGAGUGGGAAAACUAA